AUGUCGACAGAGACAAACCCCAAAAAGCGCCGUCGCGAAUCCUACAAUGUCGACGUCAAACAAGUCGAGAUUUAUGAGGACCUUGCCAGCAUGAAAGAUGAGGUCCGAUUGAAAGCUGCCCAAGAGUUAGUUUCGCGCUUCACUCCGGAGAGCAAGCCUACUGAAGAUCAAGUCCGAAAAGCGCUUCAAAGAUUAUUUCGUGGUCUCUGCAGUGGUCGAAAAGCGGCUCGUAUUGGGUUUUCAGUUGCCUUGACAGAGGUACUGUCGCAGGUGUUUGCGUCUAAACAGUCAGUGUCGGGAAUAGGUGUUUCUGAAGCAAUUAGGAUUUUUUCAACUGCGACAGAUCCUUCGGGCAGUGAACCAGGUCAAGAGCGGAAGGAUUACUACCUUGGCAGGCUUUUCGGAGCUGAGGCUAUCAUCAAAUCUUCCAUUCUAUUCCAGCCUGGAGUGCCGUUUGAAGAAUGGAACACUGUCGUAGGUAUAAUCAUUGAGAUUGGCAAUGCGAAACCCUGGUUGCGAGAAGAGUCCGGCUGGGUUCUUUAUCGAGCGCUCCACGAAUUGGCAAACCAGGAAGCCCAUGUUAGAUAUUGCGAAAAGAUGAUUGAAACCAUCAGGUCGAACGGCUUUGUGAAAUCGCCAGAGGGAGUUGCCAUGUGGCUUCUGGUUCAGGACGCCUUUCCUAACGCAAAGCUGCCCCAGGACGUUUGGAAGUACAAUAACGAUCCACUCGAUCGCCAUGAUAGGCGCACUCUUGCUAAGAUUAUGAAGCAAGUCUCCGAGGCAGAGGACCAGUCAGCUGCAUCAGGCGUUUGGAAUUCAAGGUUAAAUUUUGCCUGGGAUGCUGUUCUGAGUAGACUCGCAGACUCCAAACCCGCAGACAGCAAGAAGGAGAAGAAGGACAAAAAGGCUGAGAAGGAGUCGUCACGUAUCACUUUUGAAGAAUUCUGGACAGAGGUUGUUGAUGACGGUCUUUUCGCUGCUGCUUCCUCCGAUGAACGAAAAUACUGGGGUUUCCUGUUGUUCAUGAAAAUCAUCGAAGAAGGCACUCUUCAUCGCACAGAAGCCAUCUUCACGAAGAAUGUUGUCAGAUGUCUCAUGAACCAGCUUGCCGUUGAAGACAGAUAUCUUCAUCGCAUGGCCGUAAAAGCAGUCAAGACGAUCCAGAAGCGGGUAUCAAAAGAAGCAGCUUUUGCCUCAGUCGCAGUAAAAGGCCUCCUUGGUCACUCUGGGUCGUUGCAAUUCGAUCAGAUUACAAAAGUGAAGACCGUGGAAAAGAUUGUUCUUGAAGCUGAUCCGGAGUCGUUGAAAGAAAUAAUUCAGCGAUUAGAGCGCCUGAUUGCGGUUCCGGGUACGGACGAGCCCAAAGUAGCUGCUUCGAGCCGUCAGUAUUUUGCGGAUUUGUUUGUAUCGAUUGUCAGAACUCGAAGCUCAGCUGGUGAAGACUACACGCCUGUAUUGCAGCAUAUCCUCUCAUUAUUUGUCCGUUACGCCUAUUUUGGAGGCGAGCAGGGAGAACAAAAGCAAUUGACUGCCAAUCCACCCAUCUCUCCAGCUACUCAAGAACUGUUCCGAAACAGAAUCAACAGUUGUUUGAAUAGUCUGAUCAGCAAUAUCAAAGACCCGGCCGAAGUUGCAUAUGUCGUUGUUCGUCAAAUUCGUGAUUACCAAAAGUCGAAAGAGUACGGGAAGUUCAUCAUUGAGAUUGAUGGAGCUAUUGCGGAGUCUCUUGAUGCAGCUUUCAAGUCUCUCAAGAAGCUUUCAAGCAAGGACGACAAAGACGUCAAGGAUGCCAGCAUUCAAGCAUUCCGACUCGUCUACUCGUUGACUAUUCUCCAGGUCUACAAUGGCGAUGCAGAUGCCGUAUCGAUGCUCGACGAACUUGCAUUCUGCUAUUCCAAAUUUUGGGGCGAUAAAAAGUCAAAGAAAGAAGAUAGAUCUGACGCAUCCAAUGCCUUGGUGGAAAUCUUGUUAAGCUUUGCCUCCAAACCCUCCAAGCUAUUCCGUCGGAUGAGUGAGCAGGUUUUUGGUGUCUUUGCGGAUCAAAUAACUGCUGAUGGUUUGCAAUCUUUGAUUUCGGUGAUCGAGGUCAAGGAGAAUUUGGCUGGUCAACAAGAAAUGUUUGACCAACAAGAUGAUGAUGAAGACGAGGAGAUGGAAGAUGUCGAUAGUCUCGACUCUGACGUGGAGGUAAUUGACGUGGAUGACGCCGACGAAGAGAACAGCGACGAAGACUCUGGUGAUGAAGAUGAAGGAGAGGAAGACGAAGAAGAAUUAGCCGCCUUCGACGCCAAACUCGCCGAAGCCCUAGGUACCCAUCGCCCUGACGACGACAACAGCGACCUCUCAGAAGCAGACAUGAACGAUGACGAAAUGGAAGCCGUCGAUGAGAUGCUCGUCAAAGUCUUCAAGGCACGUCAACAAGCAACCAGCAAAAAGAAGGACAAACAAGACGCAAAGGAGACAAUGACUAACUUCAAAAAUCGGGUUUUGGAUAUUCUCGAGAUUUAUGUCAAGAAGUGCCAUACCAGCGUUUUAGCACUCGAUUUGAUUCUGCCGCUUCUGCGACUAGUCCGGAAAUCGACUGUGAAGCAAAUCUCGCAGAGGGCGAGCGAUGUUUUGCGCGAAUAUACUCGUCUCUGUAAAGGGAACGCUAUUCCAUCAUUGUCCACCGUCGGAGACGAAGAAGACGAAGAAGAAGACCCCAUCGAGCCGGUCUGGGACCUCCUCCGCGCCGUCCACAAAGAAGCAAUGAUAUCCGGACUAGCAGCACAUUCUACCGCAGCCAGUCAAGCUAGUAUAUUCCUCGUCAAGGUUCUAGUGGCGCAGAACAAACAGAACAUCUCACAGAUCGUUGACAUUUAUGCGGAGACGAGAAAGGCGCAGAUGUUGAGUAAUAAAUGUCAUGUGCAGCCGGGAUUCUUUACGGAUUGGAAUAACUGGUGUGUGAAUGCUGGGAAGAGUAUGAAGAAUUAG